CCAAUAUUAGAAAAAUAUACAUACAUACAUACAUAUGUAAAAGUGCAAAGGUAAUUUUAACAUCUUAAUGAGCGUAGUUUGCCGCUCUAAAAUUGACGGUUCUUUGAUUGCUGCUGCUGAGUCAAGUUCAAGUUUUGAGAUUUGUUUGGGUUCAACUUGAUCACCAUUUACACUUCUCCGUCAUUUCAUGUGUGUUUUUUUCUGUUUUUGUAAUUGACGUGUAUAUGACAUGAGUUUAAAAGAGAACAACGUAAAUAUUUGCAUAAUAAAUGUCUCUUAACUUGUUUUUAACUAUACAAAUCGCGCUCGGGGUAUUUUUUUUUGUUUUCCGAGUUACUCUUCAAUCUACUAGUGCUACUUCAGUUUACUUAUAUCUAGUGGAGAGCUAAGCUAGAAAUCAAUUGAGUUUCGCAUAUCGGCGUGUUAACAUCACACAACAAAAAAAAAAAACAACCAGAUGCCAACAAAAUGACGAGCACCUGCUACAGUUACACAGUACUACUCGCUUUAUUGGUCACCAUGGCGUAUGCUGCACCACCGCUACAACAAAAGCAUCGAAUAGCCAAUACCUCACAGCAGCGUCUGAAGCGACAAAUUUUCUCGAAUGAUUUUGAUAUGAUUGGUAAUCCAUUCUUUACACCAGCUGAUGAUGAUUUUGAACCAAACACUCUCACUCGCCCGCAAUGGGGACGACGUCCAGCUCCUGGGCAACCGCUGAUAUUUAGUAAUGAUGGACAACAAAAAUCUGGAACUACAACGCAAACAACACCACCAUCAACAACAACAACACAAUUGUCAUCUAGCGGUGCUAAUUCGAAUGUAGUUUUCGUAAAUAAUCAGCCCGUUAUUGCUACUAUGGCACCAUUUAUUGCAGCUACCACAGCUUCGCCAGCGUUUUUAAGGUGCUUCGGCAGCUGUCCCACCACGUCGGAAUAUAAUCCUAUAUGUGCUAGUAAUCGACAGCAAUAUCAGAAUCCGCAGAAGUUUGAUUGUGCCAGACGGUGUGGUGCAGACAUCCAGAUCGUGCGUCGCGGCGCCUGCCAAGGUCUAUUCCCCAUGCAACGCGGAUAAUACUUACUUAGUAAUUGUAUCUACAUAUUUAUAAACAUAAAUUUUUGUUGUAUAGUUACCUACUAAAAUACGUACAUAUGUAUGUAUGUACUCAUAGUAUGAAUUUAUUACUUUUAUUGUAUUUAUGUAUAUAUGCAAGGUUGUGACAAACGAACUGAUUUUACUGUAUAAUUUUUGCCGGCAAAUGUAAUGAAUGCAUGUAACGUAUAAAUAAAUACUAAAUGUAGUUAAUACUUUUUAAAAAUAAAAAAAUGUAUGUAUGUAUGUAUUUCUACGAUAGCUUGUUAUGUAUGCUAGCCCAUAGUCAAUAAACAUUGUGAUACCUGUUUUUUUCAUUGCUGUUGCAACAAAACACAAAAAUACCAAGAUAUUAAUUGAUAUUUUGCUCGUGCCGGUUCCGGAGUUCGUUAAACUAGUUCUGUUCAUCUUGUCAACACACAUACAUAUGCAUUGCAUGUCAACAAAACAUAUGCACAAAAUAAACAAAUA